GUAUUUCCAAUAAGAAAUGUCUUUAUAAAAGCGAACAACAAGUUGACAAGAAAAUCAUUACUUCUUUCCACGAAUCGUAUUGACGUCGGUUUCAGAAUGAACGCGUUUGUGAAAGAGAGAUCUCUAAUUCUCGAGUUAGGUGUUAUGAACUGCCUUCUGAUUUCCAUCGCUGCAGCAGCUCUUGUUUUGUACGUGCGUUGGAGGAACAGCAGAAAACACCUGUACGAGUUGGGAGCCAAAGUUCCGAUUCCGGAUUGUGCUAAAAGUCUUCCAAUUUUGGGGCACAGUCUAUACUUCAUUGGAGACACAGAACGGAUUUUGAACAACGUUAAAUACAUCUCGACGAACUGCGAAUCUCCUGGCACCAUUUGGUUGGCGCACAGAUUGUUCUUCCUGCUGACAACGCCGGCAGAUUUGGAAAUCGCACUCAACAGUCCCAAAUCUUUGGAGAAAGAUGAUUUGUACAGGUUUUCCAGAUCGCUGGCAGGAAAAGGACUCUUCAGCCUUGAAGUUGAUGCCUGGAAAGUGCACAGGAAAUUGAUAACUCCAACGUUCCAUCCGCGGAUUCUCGAUUCGUUCGUCAACGUCUUCGUGGAACAGUCCAAUGUUCUAGUGGAAAUCUUGCAAGGCAAAGUCCACGAAAUGUUCAACAUUGGCGAACAUCUUACGGCCGCAACGUUGGAGAUGGUCACUCAAACCGCAAUGGGCGUCAAAUUGAACAAACAGCUAGGAAAUUGCAAACUGGGCGAGCAAUUAAACAGAGGCUUAGAAAUCAUGUUCAUGAGGAUGUUCAACGUUCCUUUGCACUUUGACUUCAUCUUCGAGUUAUCCGGUUUGGCUAAAGAGGAACGCGGCAUCAUCGAUUCCUUCCUGAACUUCAUCAAGAAGGUGAUAAACGAUAAGAAGGUUGAAAAGAAGCUGAAAAUGUUGGAAACCGAGGCUGAAAUUGAUGAUAUUAAAAAGCGUAAAGUCUUCUUGGAUCACCUUUUAGAGUUGUCCGAACAAAAUUUGCUUACCGAGGAGGAAAUAAUCGAUGAAGUGCGAACUUUCAUGAUAGGCGGUUCUGAUACAUCCGCAACUGUGAUUUCUUUCGUCUUGGUUUGUUUAGGAAUGUUUCCUGAAUAUCAGCAAAAAGUAUACGAAGAAGUAAUCGAUGUGAUUGGUUACGAUCGCGACAUCGAGUGCGAGGAUAUACCGAAAUUUAAGUACUUGGAAAUGUGCAUAAAGGAAACCAUGAGAUUAUUCCCAAUCGGCCCGAACAUCGUUAGAAAAGUAACCGAAGAUUUACAAAUUGGUGAUCACAUGCUUCCUGAGGGUUCUGGAUUGGUACUGUGCAUAUACACCGUGCACAGAAACGAUAAAUACUUUCCUGAUCAUAUGAGAUUCGAUCCUGAGCGAUUCUCUCCUGAAGAAUGCGCCAAAAGACAUCCGUACGCUUACCUUCCUUUUGCUGGUGGUCCACGGAAUUGCAUUGGAAUGAAAUUUGGUUACAACAUGAUGAAAAUUGUGCUGGCCACUUUGGUAAGGAAAUUCUUUAUAGAAACGAGCUUCCAGAAAAUAGAGGAUAUAAGAGUUAAACAGUCGCUGAUCAUCAAGAGCAUUUUGGGAUACCCGGUCAAACUUACGCCAAGAAAUUCCGACUUGAUUUAGAU